UUUUUUUUUUUUUUCAAUUCUUUCAUGUAUGUAUGUUAUCGAUUUAUUUGAAGAGACCAGUCUAACAAUUCUUUCACAAGCAGAUUCAUAAAUACUACAUAUUAUUAUUAUUAUUUUUUUUCCUAUUCUACUCCCUUCACUCACUCACCCAUUCAACUUGCACUUGCUGGUUCCCUCCCUCCCCCGUUUCUCUCCACCCCCAUGAAUCAAUUGGUUUUAGGGGCUAGAAGGUAAACUAAAGAACAAGACCCCUAAAACCAUUAAAUCGGGUCCCGUGUUUUUGUCCUACUCCUCCCGCUUUCUUCUUUCCUUUCCCCAUCACUCAUUUCUACUCUGUCCACUUCGCGCUCCCAACGCGUCUCGAUUUACUGCCCUUCAUAUACCUCUCUCUUCCCCCCUACCCCCUGAGAUUUAAUUUGGCCAUUCGACUUUUUUUUUUCUUUUCUUCAGAAAGCACACAACCCCCAUCCUUUUCGACGGAAGUAGAGCAGGGCUCCCUCGGUCAUUACCUUCCCAUUCUAUCAUAAUGUCCUCUCCGUCGUCGGCAGGAAAGCGCAAGCGCAGUGCUUCCCAACAUCUUCCGUCCAACGUAACCUCCGCUGAUCUUCUGCAACCUUCAUCACGCGAUGCGUCGGGCGAAGAUGGCGACGAUUCCACCGGUCCGAAUACUCCCCUGUCGGUCAAGUACAAGAAGCAGGCACCAAUUGAUGUAACUUCGGCGGGCAAUGUUCCGCCAUCGAAACGGGCUCGGAAGAGCUCAACAGUUGGCGAGCAAGCCAAUGGUCCUGCCACCGACGAACCCUCGGCACUCAGCAAAGAAGAUCCCGGCGAGCCGUCAGAAACGACGGUUGCCAGCAGCGACAUCGAAAGCCGAAGCAAGAGCCGGUCGGGAUUGCAGAUCAAAACGGCGGAUGUUGAGGAUACUGAGGACAUGAUGCAGCCACCUCAGCGGGCCGGGUUGCAGGAUCCGGUUGGAUACCAUACUAAUCCUCCGCCCGUGGGGCGCCCAGUGCGCGUGUAUGCGGAUGGUGUCUUUGAUUUGUUUCACGUGGGCCAUAUGCGUCAGCUUGAACAGGCGAAGAAGGCUUUCCCGGAUGUGCAUCUGAUGGUCGGUGUAACUGGAGAUGAGGAGACUCAUAACCGGAAGGGUCUUACUGUCCUGAGCGGUGCGGAGCGCGCAGAGAGCGUUCGUCACUGUAAAUGGGUGGACGAAGUGAUUCCUAAUUGCCCUUGGCUGUUGACUCCGGAGUUUCUCGACGAGCACCAAAUCGACUACGUUGCGCAUGACGACCUGCCCUAUGGUGCGGCCGAAGGAGAUGAUAUUUACGCUCCGAUCAAGGCCCAGGGCAAGUUUCUGGUUACUCAGAGGACGGAAGGCGUCAGCACCACGGGAAUCAUCACCAGAAUUGUCCGUGACUACGACCAGUACAUUUCCCGCCAAUUCAAGCGAGGUGCCUCGAGACAGGAGCUGAAUGUGUCAUGGCUUAAGAAAAACGAAUUGGAAAUCAAGCGACACGUUGCGGAGAUUCGGGACAAUAUCCGAAACAACUGGACAACCACGGGCCAGGAGCUGGGCCGAGAAUUACGGCAGCUCUGGCAGAAUAGCCGGCCUGGCAGCCCGGCACCGAGUGCGAGGAACAGUGUAGACAUGGGUAGUACACGAGGAAAUGUUGUCAGCCCUACCACUGGUACCAUGAAAACUCAUCUGUCACGAGUGGAAUCAGUGGGCCGCUCUGAAAGCCCCAUUGGCAAUGGACGGAAUGAAGACUUUGCAACUGGGUACAGCUUGGGAUUGAUUGGAGGUGUAAGAUCCUGGGUAAGGAGAUUCUGUCACCCAAGUGGAAUUGAGCUGUUAUUAACUGGACAUAUGCGCAGAUGCGCAGCCGUCGGUCACUCUUGGAAAGCCGCGCCCCUUCCCCGACAAGUGAGGAGGAGCAUGAGUCUGAGCAGGAACGCAGUAACGGCCACAUUGAACCAUUCAAAUCGCCCGCCAAUGCCGUGUCAAAUUAGAGCCGAUGGUCAUGCACGGUUCAGCCCUAUCAGAUUCUAAUCAUCUGCUAUCACUCUUUCAGAUAGUUGCUUAUCAUGUCUCUGAGCACAUGCAAGUUAGGUCAGAGAAUGAAACAAAAGAAAAAGAAAAGGGAAAAGAACAACCCACAAAAAUUGACAUUUAUCUUAUGGUAGCUUGGA